GUCCCCUUUUCGGCCCAGCUCACGCCCAGCUGCUGCAGUCUGUUAUUUGAGGAGUAAGCGCGUGCGAUAUAGUCUCGGGAAUAUGCCAGAAGUUCCGUCGGCAGCACCGGAGAUGUCCCGGAAAAGAAGCGCCGAUCCCGGUCCGUUACCAGAGCAGGUCCCGGAGAGGAAAAAGGCCUGCUGGGGCAUUAUGACGAGCCAAGGGUCGUGGGCAGAUCGGUCCCCUCUCCAUGAAGCAGCUUCUCAGGGUCGACUGCUUGCCCUGCGCACUCUGCUGGCCCAGGGAUAUCACGCCAACAUUGUCACCAUCGAUCAUGUGACCCCUCUCCAUGAGGCCUGCCUGUUAGGACAUGUGGCCUGUGUCAGAGCAUUAUUAAAUGCUGGAGCUAAUGUGAAUUCUGCCACCAUCGAUGGUGUCACUCCUCUGUACAACUGUUGUGCCUCUGGGAGUGUCGGUUGUUUGGAACUGCUGCUGCAGAAUGGAGCGCACACACACACACCCCACACACACUUCCCCUCGGCUCUGCACGAAGCCUGCAAGAGAGGUAACAGUCAGUGUGUGGAGUCCCUGCUGUCUCAUGGAGCAGAUCCAGACCAUGAAGUGUCCCACCUGGGUACUCCUCUCUACAUGAGCUGUCUACACCAACAUACGGCAUGCUCAAAGAUCCUGCUGCACAGAGGAGCCGAUGUUAAUGUAGGCAAAGGAAGUGAAAGUCCUCUACAUGCCACUGCCAGACUAGACAUUGCAGAACAGGUGUUGGUGUUACUAGACUACGGAGCUAAUGUCAACAUCAGAGACGAUAACGAUCAGCGGCCCGUUGAGCUGGCGCCUGCUGGUGGAAAAACACAACAGCUGCUACAGACAUUUGAAGGUGGUCCGAGGAGUCUGUGCCAGUUGUGUCGACUCCAAAUCAGGAUCCUGAUUGGUCGAUCCAGACUGAAACUGCUCCCGCUCCUUCCUCUCCCUACCCUGCUCACCGACUACCUGGCGCAUGUAUAGGAGGAUGCACACGUACAGCAGGACAAGGGAACUACAAUUCAAGUGACAUUUCUUUAACAUAGGCCAAGCCCUAACCAAUUCAUGUCACAACACAUCACAUGUUUUAAACUGUAUAGUUGUUUGUGCUACUGCAAUGUCACACACCAAAAUACACUAAAGAUUUACUCUACUGCAAGUUGAC